AUGAGCUUCAUCCCCCUCAAUCCCCGCCCCAUGCUCCAAAGCCUCGUCGACAAGGAAGUCAUCAUCCGCAUCAAGUGGGGACAGGAAUACACGGGCCGUCUGGUGUCAGUGGAUAGCUACAUGAACAUUCAGUUGAGCAAUUGCAGCGAGUGGAAGGAUGGGCAGGAUAUGGGAGUGUUGGGACAAGUUUUGAUUAGAUGCAACAACGUCCUUUGGAUCUCAGCGCGGAACCAGAAGCAGGAGAAUGGAGAUUCCAAGAUGGAGGAUUAG